AUGGCUCCUGUAGGAUUACCUCCAGGCUUCAGAUUUCAUCCAACGGACGAAGAACUCGUAAACUAUUAUCUGAAAAGAAAGAUCAGUGGACAAGAAAUCGAGCUAGAUAUAAUCCCUGAGGUUGAUCUCUACAAAUGUGAGCCAUGGGACCUCGCAGAGAAGUCGUAUCUACCAAGUAGAGAUCCAGAAUGGUAUUUUUUCGGGCCACGUGACCGGAAGUAUCCAAAUGGGUUUAGGACGAACCGAGCAACGAGAGGUGGAUAUUGGAAAUCGACUGGGAAAGAUCGGAGAGUGACGAGUCAAAGCAGGGCGAUUGGGAUGAAGAAGACUUUGGUUUACUAUAGAGGAAGAGCUCCUCAAGGGACCCGUACGGAUUGGGUUAUGCAUGAGUAUCGUCUAGAUGAUAAAGAUUGUGACGAUCCCUCUUCGCUCCAGGACUCGUAUGCAUUAUGUCGGGUGUUCAAGAAAAACGGGAUAUGUUCGGAGUUGGAAACAGGACAGCAAUUACAAACGGGACAAUGUAGCUUCACCACAGAAUCAAUGGAGAUCAGUUCUUGUAAUAAUAAUAUUAAUUAUAAUAAUGAUUAUGAGACAAUGUCUCCGGAAGUUGGAGGUUCCUCCGCCUGCGUAGAAGACGUCGCCGACGACAAAGAUGAUUCUUGGAUGCAAUUCAUCACAGAUGACGCAUGGGACACGUCGUCAAACGCUGCAGCUAUGGGACAUGGUCAAGCGGUUUAUAUUGACUACUGA